UCGCAGAGUUGUCAUGGCGUCUUUGGGACCGAAGCUGCUGCUGCAAUUUAGCUAAAAUCUGUCGACAGUCUGUACAUCGAAAUGGAGAAAAAUGCAACCCUGCAUCGGGACACUGACGGGAGCUCUUUGUGUGCCACGAUCGCGGGGGAGAUGAGCGAUGUUACGGCUGUCGGCGGAGUGAAAGGAACAGCCGAGAAAUGCAAGAAUAGUGAGGCUUCUCUCAGUACUUUGGUUAACAUUGGUUGUACUAACAGCACCACAAAUGUUGGUGCUCCGUGCGCCGUUAAUGUCAUUUCCACUGCUGGGAAGUCUGACGUGCCCGAAGUGAUCGAAGUCCUCCCCGUGCAGGAGGUUAAGAAGAAGGACACCGAGGCGAGCGGGUCGGGGUCCGGGGAUCAGAUCAGUAACGGGAUGGGGCAUGAAUCGGCGCUGGCUGCAGAAGAUAGCGAGGGUGGUGCCUCAAAGUUAGUAAACAACAAACCCGACGGGCCGUGCUCACCUCCCGCUAAGGAGAGCACAAAUGCGCGGGCUGAGUUUACGGCUCGUGGAGAAAGUGAACCGACAAAACUUGCAAAACCGACUCAACUGUGUCCGGACAAUGCAAUCACGGUAAACGUCAAGUUGGCGCUGUCCGGUGAUCACACCUUAUCGGAGGGAUUGCCGAGUGGGAGUGACCCCGAUCCCAGCCUCGCUGGAGAGUCCCGAAGCAUAGAUUCACUCGAGUCCUUCUCCAACCUCAACUCCUGCCCCAGCUCCGACCUCAACAGUGAUGGACUGGAGGACAGAGGACUGGCCCUGGCCCUUCAAAACGAGUACGGGGCUGAUGGGACAAAGACUGCGUGCGCUAAGGACCGGGUCGCCGGCCAGUCCAUAUACCACAUUAAGUGGAUCAAGUGGAGGGAGGAGAACACGCCGAUCAUCACUCAGAACGAGAACGGCCCUUGUCCAUUAUUGGCAAUUAUGAAUGUCCUUCUGCUUGCAUGGAAGGUUAAGAUGCCCCCUAUGAUGGAAAUUAUAACUGCUGAGCAGCUGAUGGAGUACCUUGGAGACUACAUUCUGGAAACCAAGCCUAAAGAGAUAUCAGAGGCUCAGCGGCUAAACUAUGAGCAGAACAUGAGUGAUGCCAUGGCAGUGCUGCACAAGCUGCAGACGGGUCUGGAUGUGAACGUGAAGUUCACAGGGGUGCGCGUCUUCGAGUACACCCCAGAAUGCAUUGUGUUUGAUCUGCUGGACAUCCCUCUCUACCAUGGAUGGCUGGUUGACCCCCAGAUGCAUGACAUUGUCAAGGCAGUAGGCAACUGCAGCUACAACCAGCUGGUAGAGAAGAUAAUAUCCUGCAAACAGUCUGACAACAGCGAACUGGCAGGAGAAGGCAUCGUGGCAGAGCAGUUUCUGAGCAGCACAGCCACCCAGCUGACAUACCACGGCUUAUGUGAGCUCACAUCCACCGUACAAGAGGGAGAGCUUUGUGUCUUUUUCAGGAAUAACCACUUCAGCACCAUGAUCAAAUAUAAGGGCCAGCUGUACCUCCUGGUCACAGACCAAGGUUUCCUGACAGAGGAGAAGGUCGUCUGGGAGAGUCUGCACAACGUUGACGGGGACGGCAACUUCUGUGAUUCCGACUUCCGGUUGCGGCCUCCUUCCGAUCCAGAGACUGUGUACCGAGGCCAGCAGGAUCAGAUAGACCAGGACUAUCUGAUGGCGUUGUCACUGCAGCAGGAGCAGCAAAGCCAGGACCUACAGUGGGAGCAACUCCCCGAGGGCAUCAGUGACCUAGAGCUGGCGAAAAAGCUUCAGGAGGAGGAGGACCGUCGAGCCUCCCAGUACUACCAGGAGCAAGAGCAGGAGCAGGCGGCAGCUGCAGCAGCAGCAGCAGCAGCAGCGGCACAGCAGGGGGGCCAGCAGGAGCCUGCCGAGGGAGAUGAAGCGGACAGAGGAGGUGCAGGAGCAGGUGGAGCAGCGGCCGGCGCUGGGACGGCAGCAGCCAGAGCCACCCCCAGCCCGGGAAAACACUCCUCCAGCGGGGAGCGCAAAGCCAAGAAAGAAUCGAAGGAAAAAGACAAAUGUGUUAUUUUGUAACAUACAGCGUGUCUGUGAGUGUGUGUGUUUUGUGCAUUUGCUUAUCUGUGAGAAAGGGGACAGCAUUUGUUUCUCCAGAGACUGGACAUACAACGCGCAGCCCCGACUUGACAACAAACAAGGGAAGACAUUUGAGGAGAGGCGCGACAAGACUAACGGAGGUUUUGCUGUUUCCCAAACCACUGGUGCCUGCUAUCCUCUAUCCUCAGUGGAACCUGGACACCAGAGGAAGGGACACAAAAACAACAACAACAACAACUACCCCUUAUCUUUCAUAGAGUCGGCCAAACUUUGUUACAAGCUGAACAGUGCACUAUAUUUGUGAUGUGGGGUCAAGUUUAUUCGGGGUGGUAUGUUUUAUAGCAAAAGACAUAAUCUGAAGGAACAAAAGGUCACCCUCUCACCAUGUCCUCCCCCCACCCCCCCACAAAAUCAAAUAUUUUUAUUUUUUGCAGCUUAUAACCUUUUUUGUACAUUUCAAUAUUUACAAAAAAUAUUUAGACAUCCCACUUUUUUUGUUUCAAUUGAGUUAAGUUGAUGCCAAGAUUCACAUUUUAUUUAUGUGUCUGUGUAAGAGCUAGCUUUUGGGAGAGGUUUAUUUUUUGUUUUGUAAGCUGACAGGUAUUUCUCAUAAUAUUGCCUGUUGGAAAUCAGUGUAACACUAUUUGUCUCCCCUCUGAAACACUAUGUACUUAAGGGUUAAUUAAUGCCAGAUAGCUGCCUGAUACUGUAGCUACGCAACAAUACUCAUCACAGCUUGCCCUGUUCAGAUUUGCCUUACCAGAGUAUGGCUGUGUUGUAUUCAGCUCUGUUUGAAUGUGAGUGUGAGUUUGUUUUCACAUCUAUGGUAUGUACAGAACGUGUGGGCUAUGUUGGUAUAAUGGCGUGUGGUAUGCAUGUCUCAUUUGCUGAGCAUCGCUGAUGUAACAAGUUUCAAUUUGGAAAUAGCUAAAACGUUUAUGCCGUAUUCGUUAAGCUACAAAUUCUGGAUGUUUAACGUCUUUUAUGUUGUAAUUUUUUUUCACAAAAACGUUUACGUUUGAGAAAGUCAAACUGAGAAUAAUUGAGGGAUUUUGUCUGAAUCCGAUGUUCUUGUUUUGAUUAGAUUUGUAUUAGAUGGCAACCAGUUUAGAGUGUAUGGUAGUUUUGUUUUUUCUUUCUCACGGUCUCUUCUGGCAGCUUCCUGAAGAGAUGCAGUAUGCGUGCUGGCACUAUCAUGAUCACCUCUGUUCUUGGUCCUGGAUGUAGUUCCAUUGCAGCCAGGUUUUUGAAAAGAAAUACCACAGAAUUCCACUAUUUGCACGCACUGCUCCUCUAAACUGGGAAAGUUCAUUUUAUAUUUGUGAACAUGUCCUAUUCUUUUCCACAAUCCAGACCAACAUCAGACAUCAUCUGUGACAUCAAGAUAUACAGCAUGCUUUUCGACUUCAUUUACGAUGUUCUUCUGUUAUCUGUGGAAAAUAAGGUCUAAUAGUGAACGUUGACAAAUUGAGCUGUC